UUUAUAAGGCCGCAUCACAAAGACCUCACAAGCAGUUUUCGUGGAAUCUUUCCUAUAUGGGUUCUUUUCUCGAACAGCAGAUGAGCCUCUCUCAGUUGGCCCGCGUCAAACUAACCGAUGCAGAGAAGCUCAUGGCCAACGCACGUGAAAAUGCAAUCGGAAAAACAGCAGACGCGCAGCAGCUCAUGGUUGAAGCAAGUAUCCUACUUAAGCAAGAUCUUGAAAAUGCAGCAAAAGAAAACGCUGUUAUCAAUGAGAUCACUAAAACAUUGAGUCAAGUCCACUUCGCCAACAAGAUCAAGUUGAAUGUUGGCGGUAAGUUCUAUACAACAACACUGGAUACUCUACGAAGGGAUCCAGAUUCUUUGCUGUGUGCGAUGUUCUCGGGAAAGUUCCGAUUAAAAAUGGAUGAGGAAGAUGGAGCAUAUUUUAUUGACCGUGAUGCAGAACUUUUCAGGUACGUCUUGAACUACCUUCGAGAUGGAAACCUGUUCUGCCCAAAUGACAACAUAGUCCAAAAGGAGCUGCUCGCAGAAGCCAGGUUUUAUCAAAUUCAGGGGAUAAUCACCGAUCUGGAAGAAAAAAUUCCCUUUGAAUCCACGUUGAUUUUAAAGAAUGAGGCCCAUCAUUCCAUUCUCCUAUCGUGGUUGCCGCCAGGAGCUACUUGUUCAUUGCUGUACCAAGCCUCCUUUGAUGGACAAACUCCAGCUGACUUCCAUCGUUGCUGCGAUGACAGAGGUCCUACUCUUGUGGUGAUUAGAGUCGGGUCGUACAUCUUUGGAGGCUUCACGUCAAAGUCGUGGGAAUCGGCUUGUGAACUGAAAGCCAAGCAAGACAGCCAUUCCUUCUUGUUUACGCUGAUAAAUCCAUUUGGAACAAAGCCAAUGAAGAUAGCUACGAAGACAGAUGCAAGUACACAUUGCCAAACUGAUUUGGGACCCACAUUUGGUACCGCUUCCACACAGUGUUAUGAUCUACAAGUCUGGUCAACAAUCGGUAACAAUCUUGACCUCGGUUUUGGCUUCAAGUGUCCGGACAAUGUUAAUAAAAAGACAUUUUUCUGUGGCACGAGUCCAUUUCAAAUUGAUGACCUGGAAGUUUUUAAAGUUAUCUUUUAGAAACGGAAUUUGUUCUUUGAAAUAAGAGAGAAGUAAUUCAGGAUGCAGUUGACUUUUAAGUACUAAAUAUAAUUGUACCUGAAACGGUAAGGCAACUCUGUAAUGCACAUUUUACAACGUAGUUUGUAAAUUAUAGUAAGGUAACACAGAA